AUGGACUCAUCACCAUCUCCUUCUUCUUCCAAACAGACACGAUUUAUCGACUGGCUCACCGCCAAUGGAGCAUCAUUCCCAAAGUUGGAAUUCCGCGAGGAUAUCGCCGAGGACGAGGUUUUCCUGAUCCUCCCCUUUGAGCGCAUCGUCAUCACUGACGCCUUGGCUCGAAACCACCUCCCUCUCUCCCCAGCCUCAGCCCAAUUGCUCGACAGCCGUACCGCGAUUAGCCUCUUUCUCGUCCAGCAGCAGGCAGGAGCAGCAACAGCGAACCAAUCAAGCGACAACCAGGAGGAGAAAGGGAGCAGUGAUUCGGCAGCUGGUUCAUUCUACAAGCCGUAUCUGGACAUGGUCCCUGACAGGAUUCACACGGCAUUGGAGUUUGAUGAUCAGGAUAUGGAACACCUGCGUGGGACGAAUGCUUACUUGGUGGUCAAGGAGCUCAAGGAGACCCUGAGGGCAAAGUACGACAAAACCAUGGAGGUUGUUGGCGGUGAACUCACGGUCGAGCAGGGGUACACUUGGGAGCGUUUCCUUUGGGCAGAGACUGUUGUAUCCUCGAGGACUUUUCCUGCCAGUUUGUUUGGACAAGUCGAGAACGGGAUUGUCCUGAUUCCUCUCGCAGGCACGUAUUUUCAAUUACUCAGUUGCAGCCAUAGUAUGAACCACAAGAGCCGCCACAAGGCCACAUGGAUCAAGACACCCGAGGGACUUCAGAUGUCAACUGCCGCCACUAAAAAGGGUGACCAAAUCUUUAACAACUAUGGCCCAAAGUCCAAUGAAGAAUUACUCAUCGGCUAUGGAUUCUGCAUCGAGGACAACGCGGACGACAUGGUGACGCUUAAAACCAAUUUUUCUCGGGAUCCCGAUCAAGAGCGCAAAACAGAGAUCCUCAAGUACCUCGGAGUAACUGCAGAUACGGUUCAUUACCUCCGACGCAGCAUGAUUCCAGAGCAGCUGCUGGCGACAAUGCGCGUCAUGGCCAUGAACCCAAUAGAGGUGACGCGUUGCUAUGCCACAAUUCAGGAUUAUGAUCAGGAAGGAGAAGAUGGAGAGGAUGAUGCGGCAAGAGAGCAGCGAUUGGAGAGCACCAACUUGGUCAUCAAGACUACUCUGUCGAGUGAGUUGCAGUUCGUCGGCCUCCGCAAUGAGUUUGCUAUGCUGGAUUUGAUGGACAUACUGUUAGGAACCAAGCUGCAGGGAAUCGUCGAGUGGGAUCAAAAGCUCAGCCCUCCUCAGAACUCUGCUCAAGAGUUUAUCAAGUUCUACCGACAAGGCCAGAAGGAGGUCUUGGAGUCUUGUGCUGAGCUUUGUCGAGGCAUGUUCUCAGUUCUCCUCAAAGAGUCAUUGGUGGUAGAGUUACCUAUGGAGCAAGCUGUGUUUGAUGGGGCCUCGGCUCAAGGACAAGAAAGCAACACCCAGAAAAGGCUCGAGCCAUCAGCGUCUUAUAUUACAGAGCGAUUCAAGGAAGCAGCGCUGCAGGAAACCAAGUCCAUGUCGGACUUGAAGAGAGAAGCGGUGCAACAGGUUCUGUUGAACGCCGAGGGCAUCAUGAUUGAGCACAAGGACGAGCUGUUUGGCGAGGCUUUCUCAACAGCCUUCCCUGAUCAUGGGUGGGGCGAGAAGUUGAGCAAUGAUUUGGACGAGGAAGAGGAAAUGGCGGUUCAAAUGGAACAGGACGCGAUCGUCACCUGUUUCCUUAUUUUCCAGACCCAGCAACCUGAGCAACUCGGUCGAUUCAUCACUGCGGCUAAAGAGAUUGAUUACUCCAGCCAACUUGACGAGGACAUGAAGGACGAUGUUGAAGACUUGCGUCAGUCGUUGCAGGAGACAUUGGAGGAUGUUGAUCCGGAGAAAUUUGAUUUCACAAACAUAUUCACUCCUGAGGCCUUCCUUUGGGCAACAGGACUACUGGAAGCGCUCUCGCUCAGUCUUCAUAUCGAUGGCGAGCUCGUAUCCGGCAUUCUGGCGCCUCGGGAUCCCCAGGUUGUUGAUGGCGGAAAACAGAAGAGGAAGCUUGACGAGUAG